AUGUCUGGUGAGAAGAGUCAGCCUCAGGCUGACCCAUCCCAGGCUGGGGUCGAUAUGCCGUACCCGGAGAGAAAUGGGACUGCGGCCCCGGGAGGUGUGGUCCGAAGGGUCGGUGCCUUAGGGCGCCAGUCCUGGAUCCAGAAGGUUCUUGAGCAAGUAAUAGACUCACCUCGCCAGUGGGUCACCCCAUCGGAGGUGGUUCCUGUCGCCGUUUUGGCCGUCCAGAGAUACCUGUUAGAGGAUGAGCCACGCGACGUGGCACCUAAACCUCCGCUUUACUGCUUUGAUGUGACAAUCUCGGACGGGGUGUACCAGGAGAAGUGCUACCUGGACCCCAGCCUGAAUUCUCUCGUAUAUAAAAAUAUUCUCAAAGUUGGCAUAGAAGUGAGAAUUUCCAGAGUCUCGUGCAUUUACAAUGAGAAAAGAAUAGGCCAGGGAAUCUUGUGCAUAAAUAACGUUCUCUGUGGGGAGUCUGGAGUCUCUCUACAAACUCCCUUCAGAAAUAGUGCGCACCGAGAGGUCCCCGAGAGACCUUUAAGAGGUGGAAAAAGUCAUUACCUGCCCCUGUGGAAUAACGAAGAUCCGUAUGGAGAUAUCUGGCUAAACAAUAAGCAACCAGAGGAGCACAAUUUUAACAAUACCAAAAUAAUUUCCCUUUCUCACCUUGAGAUGAUGUGGUCUAAUACAAAGAAUUUUCCUCCAUUGCUUGUGAGAAUCUUAUAUAAAUCAAGACUGCGAUACUGUGGAAGACCUGAUAAAAAGAUGAUUGAGCCAUACCAAACCUUUUUGGAAGUUGCUGGCAGCUCAAGCACAGUGUCUGUGAUUAUGUGGAAUACCCUGUGUCCUGAGUGGUACAAAAGUCUGCAUGUUGGUUUAGUUCUUCUGCUUCAAAAUUAUUCUGUUAAAAAGAGUUAUCCAUUCAGGAUGCAGCCUCUUCCUGUGGAUCCACAGAUCAAACUAAUUUCUACAAUGGAAAUCUGCCUGAAUAUUCGAGAUCUUCCUAAUAUAACUAUCAUCCCAGAAAAGAAGGUGAAACCAGAAUGGAGAUUGCCAAAAUUAAAUCACCGUUUUGUUAUGAGAUGAGAACUGGAGAAGAUGCCAAAUAAUUGUAUCUGCGAUGUUAUUGGAGUUUUGGUUUUUGUAGGAAGGGUCCAGCAGUUAAAAAAGAAGGAUAGCCAUGAAGAUUUUUGGUCAUAUCGCUGGAUUCACAUUGCUGACUUGACUUCAGAACAACCAUUUAUAGUGGAGCUGUUUUCAACAUCUCAGCCAGAAAUCUUUGAACAUAUUUACCCAAUGACAUAUUUCAUGUGUACACAGCUGAAAGUUGUCAGAAAUGAUGAUCAAGUACCUAAACUGCUUUACCUCACCACUACAAAUGAGAGUCACAUGUUUAUUACUGGUCAUAAAGGCCAGCUGUAUAACGAUGAUGCCAAGGUAAAAAACUUUAUUCAGUGGGUUAAAGCGAAGAACGAUUCUGGGAAGAAUGCUGUUAUGGGUGGAUAUUACCCCUAUCCGCCCGUGCCAGAGAAAUUUUCGAAGUAUAGUAGUUCUCUUAAAGUCGGAUCACUUUUGACAGCUAUAAGUGAAGUGAAGGUGGAGAUUGAAGACUUGCAGUAUAGGGAACAAAAGCACACUGCAAUUCAGGGAAUAAUUACUGUUAUAAAGUAUGUCCCGCAUCUCAGUGCAACUGAAAGUGCCUCAGCAUCUGAAACACUACGGCCAAAAAAAACUAUAAGUGAUAAAUGGGAAAGUCAGCUGUGGAGAAACAAGAAGUUCGGCUUGAUAGAUCACCUGCAUUACAGCCAGGUUUAUCCUGAAAGUAUUCCACGAAAAUUUAGUUUCAAGCACAGACAUUUUCUUGGUCGGCAGUUUAAUUCUCAGCCUGCAAAAUAUGUACCCCCAGAAGGAAGGGUCCCAAAACUUGAUAAUUUUAAGAGUGCCAGAAGCCUUGGACAUUCUGAAUUAACCAUCUUAGGUCUGAACCAUGAGAGAGCAAUCAAUGUAGCUUUCCUCCCCAUGUAUUCUCUACAAGAUGCCCGAACAUCUCAAGUAGACACAUUAUUAACCUGCAUGCAUUACAGCUGUGUGCAUCCACAGGCAUCAACUGGCAGUGAAAUAAUUAGAAGUUCAAGAGUACUUGCAGGUGAUAUUAUCAAAGCAGUAUCUAAAAUGGAUAGAGAACAUGUCAUCUGUGUCUUGGAUAUCUGCAGUUUGGGGAACAAUAAAGCAGAAGUCUACUUGCACAAAAUUUACAAACCAAAUAUAGCUUCUUAA